GCAUCCCCCGCCCCGAUCCCGACCGCCGGUACCCCCCCCAGCAUCCCGAUCCCGGCAUCCUGGUGCCCCCCUCAGCAUCCCGGUCCUCAUCCCUGCAUCCCGGUACGCUCCGGUAACCCCCGCUGCCCACCCCCAGCAUCCCGAUCCCGGUAUCCCGGUCCAACCCCCCUCCAUCCUCAUCCCGAUCCCCGUAUCCCGGUGCGCCCCCCACCCAUCCUCAUCCCGAUCCCAUUAUCCCGGUGCCCCCCCAUCCUGAUCCCGAUAUCCCGGUGCCCCCCCCCCCCCCGUAUCCCGAUAGCCCGGUUCCCCCACCCCAAUCCCGGUAUCCGGGUCCCCCCCGCUCCGGCCAUGGUCCCCCCGCGGGGCGGGGCCUGAACCGGGCCCGUUCCCCCCCCCGGAGCUGCGAUGGGAACGUCCGUGGGCUGAACCCCAGGCCCCGCGGCGACGCCCGGACGGGCCCAAGAUGGAGCCUUGAGAGGAGGCGCCGCGGGGCGCAGGAUGGCGAAGCUGCUGGUGCCGCUGGUGGUGCUGGGGGCGGUGGCGGCGGGACCCCCGCGCUGCCCCCCGCGCUGCCUGUGCCCGGCGGCGGCUCCGAGCCCCACGCUGCUGUGCGCCCGCACGGGGCUGCUGGCGGUGCCGCCGCUGCUGGACCGCGCCGCCGUGGAGCUGCGCCUGGCCGACAACUUCAUCGGCGCCGUCGGACGCUCCGACUUCGCCAACAUGAGCAGCCUCGUCCACCUCACGCUGUCCCGCAACGGGCUGCGGCGCCUGGCGCCCGGCGCCUUCGCCGACCUCCGCGCCCUCCGCGCCCUCCACCUCGACGGCAACCGGCUGCCGGCGCUGAGCGGCGCCCAGCUCCGCGGCCUGGCCAACCUGCGCCACCUCAUCCUGGCCAACAACCAGUUGGCCGCCAUCGAACCGGCCGCCUUCGCCGCCUUCGCCGCCACCGUGGAGGACCUGGAUCUGUCCCACAACAACCUCCCGGCGCUGCCCUGGGACGCCGUAGCCUCUAUGGCCAGUUUGGCCACGCUCACGUUGGACCACAACCUCUUGGAGCGCAUCCCCGCCGGCACCGUGGCGCGGUUACCGCGCUUGGCGCGCUUGGACCUCACCGCCAACCGGCUCCGCGCUUUGCCGCCAGUGCCGGGGCCGCCGGGCCCUACGCUGGCAGCGGGGGGGAACCCGCUUCAUUGCAACUGCGAGUUGCUUUGGCUGCGCCGCUUGGCGCAACCGGACCGGCUGGAGAGCUGCGCCUCGCCGCCGCCGCUGGCCGGGCGCUUGCUCUGGGCAGUGCCGGAGGAGGAGCUGACGUGCCGCGCGCCCGCCAUCGCCACCGCGGCCGCGCAUCCUGCUGCCGUCAUUGAGGGGCAACCCUUGACGCUGGCGUGUGCCGCCGCCGGGGACCCGCUGCCGGCGCUGCAUUGGCUGGGGCCGGACGGGCGCUUGGUGCAGAACGGGUCUCGCCGCGCCGUGGGGCACGACGGCACCUUGGAGCUGCGGGUGGCCACGCUCGGGGACCACGGCGCCUUCACCUGCGUGGCAUCCAACGCGGCCGGCGAGGCGGCCGCGCGCGUGGCCGUGACGGUUCUGCCGCUGCCGGUCCCUCACAGCGACGCCGGUGACGAUGGCGGUGCCGGUGCCACCGCGGUGGGUCCCGGCGCCUCGGACAUGGCUCGUGCCGGGGGCAAUGAGACGCGGGCGCCGGGCGAGCGGCGCGUGGUGGCGGCCGAGGUGACGGCGGCGUCGGCGCGGAUCCGGUGGCUGCCGCAGCGCCACGUGCCCGGCGUCCGCGUCUUCCAGAUCCAGUACAACAGCUCCGGGGAUGAGGCGCCAGUUUACAGGCUCCUGCCCCCCUCCAGCCGCAGCUUCACGCUGCGGGACCUGGCCGCGGGCCGCGAGUACGAGCUGUGCGUGGCGGCGCUGCAGGGCGCGGGGGGCUCCGCUCCGCCCGUCACCCACCCUCUGGGCUGCGUCCGCUUCAGCACCGCCCCCGCCGGCUCCGCCUCCCCCCCGGGCUGCGCCGCGCUGCCCAGAGCCCACUUCUUGGGGGGCACCGUCAUCAUCGUCAUCGGCGCCGCCAUCGCCGCCUCCGUCCUGCUCUUCAUCCUCAUCCUCACGGCGCGCUACAAAGCGGCGGCGGCUUCGCGGCGCCUCCCCACGGUCACCAGCGUCUGCUCCCAAACCAACGGCUCCCACCGGAGCCCGGACCCGGAGCCUCCGGUCCCGGAGCAACCCCCGGCGGCCGCGGUGCCGGCGCCCAUCGCGGCGCCCCUCACCGUGGGCUCGGGCAGCCACAGCUUCCCGCGGCGCUCCCGGACUCGACGCCACGGCUCCCUCCCGCGCCUCGACCAAGGCGGGGACGCGGCGCCCGCGCUGCGCCCGAGCUUCGGCAGCACCCACUGGAUGCUCGAGAGCACCGUGUGAGGGGUGCCGGGGGGGGCAGCACCCGGGGGGGCUCCCCGAGGGGAUGGGGAGGGGGGAAUGGGGAGAGGCCGGGGCUGGGAACGCCCUGAGGUGCUCCUGUGGACCCUUGGGUGCUCCAACCCAGCCUUGGGUGCUCCAGCCCAGCCUUGGGUGCUCCUAGGUGCCCAAAUGCACACUUAGGGUGCUCUAGGGUGUUCCUAUGGAUCAGUGGGUGCUCCAACCCAGGCUUGGGUGCUCCUGGGUGCCCAAAUGCACCCUGAGGUGCUCCAGGGUGUUCUUAUGGACCCUUGGGUGCUCCCGGGCACCUAAGUGCACUUUGGGUUCCUGAACACAGCUCGGGUGCUCCUGUGAAGCUUUGGGUGCUCCUGCCUGCCCACAUGCGCCCUUGGGUGCUCCUGGGGUCCUGAACCCACCCUCGGGUGCUCAAGUGAAACCUUGGGUGCUCCUGGGUACCUUUGGGUGCUCAAACUCAGCCUUGGAUGCUCACACGCACCCUUGGGUGCUCCUGGGGUCCUAAACCCACCCCUGGGUGUCUUAAAUGCACCUUUGGGUGCCUGAACCCCCCCCCCUUCCCAGGACCCUGCUGCACCCCUGGGUGCUGGUGGGUGCCAUCGGGUGUCUGCCCACACCCCACAUGCAUGUGGGCACCAGGACACACGUGUACGUGCCCUCAACACGUGUGUGGGCCCCCAACAUGUGUGUGGGCCUCGACGGGGGGAUCCGUGCCCUGGGACUCUUGUGUGUGCCCCGAACAUGCGUGUGCACCCUGACAUGCGUGUGGACCUCCCAGCACACGUGUGGGCCUCACCAGGGGCUUCCCCCCAUGGGACUGACGUGCUCCCCAACCAUGCGUGACACACGUGUGCGCGCCCCAACAUGCGUGUCCGCGCCCCCGACACGCGUGUGCGCCCCGGCUUCGCGGUGCCUUCGGCCUUUGGGGGUCCCGCACACGCCACUGACAUGUCUGCACAGAUGACACGAGACCCGCAGCCCCCCCCCCAAAGCAACCCCCAUUGGGGGGUCCCGGGGGGGUCCCCGGGUGUCCCCCCCCACCCCGUGUCCCCUUGUCCCCCCCCCCGGGGGCUCCCAUCUGGCUGGUCUGGAUCCCCCCCCAGCCCCAUUUCCCCCCUCCUUUUGCCCUUUGACCCCCCCAAAACCCUGUCCCCCCCCCCCCUUCCCAGCCGCCCCCCCCCGGGCCUCUCCCCCGUGUUGAACACAAGUUUUUACAUUAAAAACCUGUGCCCCCCUCCCCCCCCCGGAUUAAACCUUUUGUGUGCGAAAA